AUGGCGGGGACGCCGGGGUCGAUAUUGAUGUCGGACGUGGGAUCCCCGACUGCGGCCAAGGCCAAGUUGAAAGAGCAGUCAGCGGCGGACCUAAUGAAGGCGCAGCGGAAGGCGGAGGCCAGCGCGGGGAAGGGCGCGGGCGCGCGGCGACGAGGCUGCGGGUGGUGCGACGUGGCCGCGUGGACGGGUCUCGUGGUGUCUCUGGCGCUCGUAGGGUUCGGCCUGGCCAUUCUCAUCCUCGCCCUCACCUUCAACACCGAGGACCCCAAGUUUGAAAUCCUCAAGGUGGAUCUGAAGCAGCUGAACUUUGGAACUUCCGGGAACCUUCUGUUUGAUUUCAACAACUUCAAAGUCAAGGCGAACGGGGAGGCGGAUGUGAAGGCACUGGUGGUUAACCCUAACAACCACGAGGUGAUCGUGGAGGCACUAAACGUCAACCUGAAGCUGUUCAACGUUGAUAUCGCCAACACUUCGGUCCCCGGAUUUGAGCUCUCUAAAAAGGGAAACAUCACACUGAGCAUCCCAUUUCCCAUCAAGAAUCUUCCGCUCAUUGCCACUGGUAACAAGGACAACCUCAUUACAACAUCUCUACGGAAGGGACAAGUGGAUGUAAAGCUCAAUAUAGACUCUAGAGGCAAGGUGAAGAUUAUGGGAAUGACAACACCAUCAUACAAUCUUCUCAUUGCGUGCAACAUUACGGUAGAUCCUUUUGGAGGGGACCAGCUAUUCCAACAGAAAUCACGCGUGGAUCAGGAGGAGAAAUACACUGACAUAACUGACGACCUCGAAGAACCUUACAAGAAGCAAUACAUGGCGGACGCAGCCGGCUUUGACGCGUAUGAAAUGGAGCAGGCAAAGCUGCAGCAUCAUAAGCAGCAGAAGCGCAGUUGUUGCACGUGGCAAAACAUCGCCGUAACGUGCGGACUCCUCCUCUCCGUGCUAAUGACUGCCGUGGGAAUUGCCAUGCUCGUGGUUGCGUGCACCUACAAGCCCGUGCCUCCCGUGAUCCAGAUUGAGAAGAUUGACAUUGUACGACUAAAUUUUAACGGCACAGGCACCAACAGUGACCUAACCACUAGUCUUGGCGGGCUGGGAGCUACUAUCGGGGAUGCCCUCGGGAACCCGUUGGGGGGAGCGCUGGGGAAUCUCGGGAGCGAUCUUGGAAGUCUGCUGGCAGACCCGACCAAUUUCACCCUCAAUAUGAACGCACUCAUUAAUGUUACAGCGAAUGUGCUUAAUCCGAACAAAUAUGACAUUGAAGUAAAGUACCUGGACCUGUUCAUCUCACUCUUCAACAUAAGCGUCUCCAAUGUCUCGUUGGGCGAGUUCAGGUCCCCCAGCAACCAGAACAUCACCAUGACACUCCCCUUGAAAAUUGUUAACGUGCCGCUGGUGUCCCUUGGAAAGGAUAGUGUCAUUGGCAACUCCCUCAUGGCUCAGAAGCUCAAGAUGAAGAUCUUAGGAGUUGCCGAAGGCAAAGCGCAGGUUUGGGCCUUCUCCUCGCCAACCUACAAGGUUGGAGUAGUCUGCAAUGCAACGUCACUUCCUAUCGCGAUACUAGCCAAUCCUCGCAACAAGAUGGUGUUUUCCGCAAAGAUGGCGGACGAGUCGCCCUUAGCGAAACAGGCGUCGCGCCGCUCGGAUUACUCGACGGACGCUGACGCGGACGCAGCGUAUGACGCUGACGUGGAGGCCGCUGCUGACGUGGAUUCUGUGGUGCAGAACCAACGGGCUUUCCACCGCGACUCGGACUCAAACUCAACUGGAAUCUCCGACGAUGCCGAUUUCGACCUCCCCGACUCGGACCGCGAUGCGCUCGCGUCGCCCUCCCCCGCCCCUAAAGCCGCCGCAGAAGCCGCCGCGGCCAAGGCGAAGGCGAUGGACGGAGAUUCGGAGCUGGGCGGAGCGGGGGAGGACGGGGGGAAGGGGAAGGAGGAGGGCGCGGGGAAAGGGAAGGGAGGAGGCGCGGGGAAGGGAAAGCGGGGUAGAAGGUGCGGGAAGUGGGAGAUCAUUUGCUGGGUGGGGAUUGGCGCUGGGGUUGUGAUGACGGGGAUUGGCCUCACAAUGCUUGUCUUCUUCCUCUCGCUCACCCAACAGGAACCAGUUGUGACUGUAGAGGGCGUUGAUAUAGUCCGCCUGAGCAUCUCAAUCCCAGCCCAAAGCAUCAAGAUGCCGAACCUAGACCCCAGUAUGGUCACCGUCCCGAACCUCGGAGGCUCCGUCCCCAGCCUUGGCAACGUGCCGAACCUCGACAUUCCGAGCCUGGACCUGUCGAACCUAGACUUGAAGAACCCCGGCAGCCUCGGGAAGAGCCUCCAGGACCGGCUUUCGAAUUUCGGAAAAGAAGUUUCCAAUCUCGGAAAGAACGUUAGUGACAUCGGCAAGAAUGUGUCUCAAGAGGUCUCUAAGGCUGGGAGAAACGUUUCCAAGGAGGUAUCUAAAGACAUAACGCGCAUCGGGGACCAGAUUCAGGUGGCGAUUCAGAACAACUUUGAGGGGUUGCGCGUGGAUCUGAAUGCGCACGUGAACGUGACUGCGAACGUGUACAAUCCAAACAGCUUUGACGGAAUCUUCAAUUUCAUGAACAUGGGGAUCUACCUCUUCGGCAUCCACGUCUCAAAUAUAUCGCUCCCAGCGUUUGAGGUGGGCAAGAAGCAGACAAAGAUCGCCACCGUGCCGAUCGUGGUGAAGAGCUUCCCGCUCAUUUCCACGUCGUCGUCAGCGCAAGUCAGAAGCCCCAUCGCUACUGCUCUGAGGGAGCGCAAAAUAAAGAUGCAGACCUUUAUCAACACACAGGGCAGAGUGAGGGUAUGGGGAAUUUCCUCUCCCACAUACAAUGUCACUGUGAUGUGUGUCAUGACGGUGGACCCGAGUGCGGACGUUAUGACCAAGAAGGAAUGUGGAGCCAAGCCUAUCAAAGUUUAG